UCUGUUCUGUUUUCUACAAAUUUGAAAUUAAACACAUCCAAGUAAGAUAGAAUUCACUCAUUACGUGUAUGGAAAUGUGAUCGGUAUCAGUUGUCUUUGAUGUGUUUCGAUAGCGGUAUACACACAAUGUUAAAGUAUUCAUAUUGACCUGGCACAUGUCCCAGUCUUUGUAUACAUACACAGCCAGCCAAGGCCAGUGUUUAUGACUAGGAACAUUUAAUAAAGUCACGGAGUGUAGCCCGCUUUGUUUAUAAAUCAAAUCUGGGUGCUUGGAGAAAUCAGUCUGUAAUAUCAUUACGAUCGAUCAACUUUCCCAGAGAGAAGUUGGUGAUUUUUACGGAAAGAAAUAUUUAAAGUGAUACAAUAAUAAGGACAUUGAGACUGGUUCCGGGACUAUCCCAAGCACGCGGACGGAUACAGAUGACAAGAGGCCAAAAACAAACCUUCUUAAUCUGGAAUGGGAUUCGACCUCGGGCGCUUCCUAGGGGAGGUUAACGACGGUCUUCUGUGUUGUAUUUGCCGCGAUGUCCUAGAAGACCCAGUCCAAGCACCUUGCGAGCAUGCAUACUGUCGAAGGUGCAUCGAAGGAUGGCUUGCAAACGAAACAAGGUGCCCGGAAGACAGGAAGAACCUGUCGCUUUCGAACCUUAAACCUUUGUUCCGUUAUAUGAAGAACGAUCUGGACAACCUACAAAUUCGUUGUAUUAAUGUGACUCGCGGCUGCAGUCACGUUAGUUCGCUUGAGUUCCUUGCGACCCACGAGUCGGAGUGCCCCCGUGGUUCGGUUGAGUGCCCAAAUGGUAACUGUCCUCUCUCUGUGUCAAGAGAAGACCUGGCCAAGCAUUUAGAGGACUGUGGGUUUCGCGCCAAGGAAUGUCCGAAAGGCUGCGGCAUACUGAUGGUCACACGGGACGACAAUGAACACAACUGUAUCUACGAGCUGAAAACCGCCAUGGAUAUCCUGCGCUCUGAGAUGUUCUGUAAGAUCGACGAACAGAAGCGUGAAAUGGAACUGAGGCUGAACACUCAAAGGUGUCACAUGGUACAGAAAGAGUCCUCCAUGCAGGCUCAGGUGGAUGAGUUAAAGACCGAGGUUUCUAGACUUUCUCAAAAAAUAAAGCUUCUAAUGGAACUGGAGGUCAAGCGCCGACAAGACACAGAGAGAUUGGAACUUGAAAAGCGUGAGUUGAUGGACUUACUUCGCCGGAACCAGAACGAGACUAGAAAUACUUCCGGUGACAAGCGACCUUCAACUAGGAAAGUAACCGCACUGUAAAUGGAUAUGUUUUCCGUACUGUCUUAUUUUAAUGUGUGGUGUCUUGAUAAACACAAGUCCGAAGGAUUUUAUAGUGAUACAUGUAGCAUGACACAUGUAUUUCGUGUUAUCAAAGUUGAAAUACAUGUACUAUAUGUCCAAUCAAUAUUAAUAACUGUAUCAACAUUGUUUACAUAGCUUAGAAAUAUAUUAAUCAUGUUUUAUACAUGUUGCGUGAAAUCAUACCUGAACAUGCCAUUUAAUAAACACCAAAACAUGAACCUAUAAAGUAAGAAAGAAAGUGGGCGCUUAAGAUAUAGAUUCGGCAGGAAUCUGGGCGCACAAGGAGAGUGGAAAUUUCAUCAAAUAAUUUUGCACAUUUUUCGAAUUAUAUUAACCGCUAUUUGGUUUUUGUUGGACGUGGAAUGGGUAUAGAAAACAUGUUUGUAAUGCAAACGGUUGGUGGCAUAGAUCUGCCACCACUUGUCAGAUAGUUAUGUCGACUUGGCAGAUGAUUAUGUCGACUUGUCAGAUAUUUAUGUCAACUUGUCAGAUCUUUAUGUUGACUUGUCAGAAAAUAACCAUAUUGACUAGAAACUCAAUAUUUUGUUGUUAAAGCGUGUUAGUGCCACUAACUGCCAUUAAC